AUGCGAGUCUCCGUCUGCCUCCGAGCUCCCCUGCGGCAGCCGACAGUGUACGAGUCCGACUGUGCCAAGGAAUGGACCAAGCUCAUCGUUGAGGGCUCCUCGGACGAUCGAUCGACCGCGAAGGUCAAGGUGAGCGAGCUGCGCAUCAACCUGUCGGUGCAGUUGGCGCGCUUCACGAGCGACUACGUGGACUUCAACACGCGGUCGUUCGACGGUCAAGUGCCGGCCCCGACGAUUAAGGUUUGCCCCGGCGACAGACUCGUCGUCACGCUCACCAACGGACUGGAAGCUGGACGGAGCAACAACACCAACCUGCACCUGCAUGGGAUGCACUUGCCGCCGUCAGGGGACGCCGACAACGUGAUGCCCAAUGUCGAACCCGGAGGCCAACGCAGGUACACGUACGAAAUCCGCCAGGACCACCCGGCAGGCACGUUCUGGUAUCACCCGCAUGCCCAGCACAACGAGAACGCACACCUCAAUGGGAUGAUGGCCGGCACGUUAAUUGUAGUCGACCGACCGGCAGACCUACCGAACGAGUUGGCUGCCAUGGACGACCUCGUUAUGAUGCUGCAGGCCGUUUGUGUGGAGAACUGCUUCAACAUGUACGACAACAUCGAGGACGCCCUGGAGAACAAAUUCAGCUCCGCCAGGAGACUUUCACACCCCAUGAACACUCCAGAUGAAGAGGAGGGGGAGGGGGUUUGGCCCACGGAUCUGGAAGUCGUCGAGGACGAGGCUGAUGCGCCGCUGAACGACACCUCACUGCCCACGGUCUUUGUAAAUGGGCAGUAUCUACCCAAUGUGAAGCUCGCUGUGGGCGAGUACAAGCGGCUGCGGUUGGUAAACGCCAUCGCGAAUAAUGUCGCGGAGAUUGUGACUACCCACGGCAGCGGAUGCACCCUGGACGUGCUUGCUAUGGAUGGCAUUUACUUUGACACGCCCACGCCGAAGAAGGUGGUUGUUAUUCCUCCUGGCGGACGCGCUGAUGUGGCUAUCAUGUGCGCUGAGAUCGGGAAAUUCUACCUCGAAACAGACUGCGCGAGCUCUCGCAACAAGCUGCUGGGUCUUGAAAACCAGCACCGAGUGCCUACUCAACGCAUUGUGAAGCUCAAGGUUACCAAAGAGCCUGAAGACGAAGAUUCUACUGAAGCUACGCGCCUUCCGUAUCGACUGCCUAAACGACCCGCGUACAUGCAAGACACGAUCGGAGACGACAACAACCCCCCGUUUAUCGAGGAAGGCAGCACGUACAACUUCGAGUUCUCAGUCUGGAUGGACAAGGGGAUCAUGUACGGCGUGAACCACGAGAAGCUGGAUCCGUCACACAUCAACUACUCGAUGCCCGUGAAUGAGAUGCAACAAUGGGAACUCUCGAAAUCAAGCGAUUGCCGCACGAUGAACCACCCGUUCCACAUGCACUCUACACAUUUCCAAGUCUCGAGCAUGGACAAGGAGACCGACCCGGAUGGCAUCAUGUUCGAGGUGGGCGAAUGGCGCGAUACGCUACCGCUCUUCCGCGGGGGAGUGCAGAUCCGCUUUACACCGCGUGACUACAUGAUCGGACAUAUCUUCGCGCACUGCCACAUUGCCUCGCACGUGGACGGCGGCAUGGCUCAACUUGUAAGAGUGCAUAACCCAGAAGAAGAAGACGGAGGAGACGACAGCGACUUUGGUGCUGGUAUUUAUAGUAGCGCUGACGAAGACGAAGGUAGUGACAUUGAUGCUUCGAGUGACGCUGAAGAAAGCGACGAUGGAGACGAAAGCGGAAAUGGCAGCAACGGGAGUGAAAGCGACGACGAAGGUGAAGACGAGGAGCACGAGGAGGAUAAACCAUAA